CUUUUUUGCUUCACUGUUGGUUUUCCGACAUCCUCUACUUCGCGGGGGCAGCGCGACGAACAAAAUAGAAGAAAAAGGAGAAGGGACUAUUCCGCCGUGGAAACCAUUAUUUCUCUGUCUACCUCAUCAUCAUCACUCAUUCGCUUCAACUUUUUGCUACACCAAAAAAAAAUCUUAUCGCCCCUUUUCGAAAAAGGAAGAAGAACUUUCAGAAAAUAUAUAUAAUCUAUGGCGGAGAAGCUCGAGCCGGUGAAGGUUUUGUACUGCGGAGUUUGCUCUCUUCCUGCCGAAUACUGCGAGUUCGGUCCCGAUUUCGCUAGAUGUAAGCCCUGGCUCGUAGAAAACGCCCCCGAUCUCUAUCCUGAUCUCCUCAAAGAGGCUAACGAGAAGGCAGCAAAUAAUGUUUCUGACAAACUUCAGUCGGUGGGAAUCUCUUCUGGUGGUGCUGAUGGGGCACAAUCUUCAGCUCAGACCGGUGGAACAUCCAAGAAGGAGGAAGCGAAACGCCUACCAGGGGGAAAACUUAAAAAGAAAGAGAGACUAGAAGUGAUUAUUGAAAAGGUUGUGCGCAACAAGCGUAAGUGUAUCACCAUUGUCAAAGGACUAGAACUGUUUGGGAUAAAACUCAGUGACGCCUCUAAAAAGCUCGGGAAGAAGUUUGCCACUGGAGCAUCAGUUGUCAAGGGACCAACCGAAAAGGAACAAAUUGACGUUCAAGGAGAUAUUAUCUAUGAUAUCGUUGAGUUCAUUACAGACACUUGGCCCGAUGUACCUGAAAGAUCCAUUUUCUUCAUCGAAGAUGGGAAGAAGGUUCAGGCUGGUUGAUGAUCACCUUUGUCCUUGGCUGUUGGCAUGGCGGGUUCAUGUAGACGAGUUAGUUCCUGAGUUCUCUCUCCUAUGUGUUUGGAGGAAAUCGCAUCGUGAUAAUAACUUUCAACAUAACGUAUAGUUGGAUUAUCAUACUAUUUCUUAUUCGGGCUGCGAUAAUUCCAGACAGGUUUCUCCAAACAUUUCUGUUUUUGGUGGGCAUAAAAUUUAAAAUGCGUCUUGAAAUGAAUGUUUACUUCA